UUUUUAAUUCUGAAUGAAUAUAGGUAGCUGUGAGAUUUUAUAGCAGUGAUAAAGUGACAUGAAUCUUUGAAUUUUGUGCAUUUUAUCGGAAUAUCAGUUGCAAUCUUUAUGAAGCAGUGAAAAUUACGUUGCUAAUUGAUAAUAAUGGGUAUUUAUUUGUGGAGUAUAUGACGUGCUCGCAGGCAGCACGGUCCGUGACAGACACCGCUCGCCUCGGUGGACUCAACCAGCCAAUACCUCAGCUACCAUGUUCCUGAAUACCGUCGGCUAUGAUUACUGAACGACAGUUCGUUCAGAGUUUUUGUUUUUUGGAAAAUAUAAGUGAUCAACGCUUUCAUUUUCAAACCGAAAAUGACAGAAAAUAAAAACGCAACCACAGCCUUAGAUAAGGGUGUCUAUAUUAUACACAACGAAGACUUUAAAACAACGCCCGAAUUAACGUUCAAUUAUAGUUCUGAAAAGAAUGUCGGCGAAGCGGAGGAAAAGGAAAAUGCUGCUUGUAUUGCAGCUACGACAACUUUCCUCCACUAUUUUGUUUUAAUAAUAUUAGGGUUAGCAUCAUGGAGUCUACUAUGGUGUGCGUUCGGCGAGGAGUGGAGUUGGAACGGGCGCUGGUUCAGGCCUGCAGUGGUAGCAGCCAUAGCCUGGGUCGCCGGAGAAAUACUACAGAUGACGACCACACUCCCGCCUCUUUUAGCAGCUUUAAUAACCGGCAUCGCAGCGCGAAAUAUAGGAUAUCUUGACAUGCGACAUUAUACUGCAAUCGAUGGGUUUAUGAGGAAAAUCUACCCAGUAUUGAUUCUGGGGAAAGGUUCCCUGGGCUGGAAUUUGACCUAUAUGAGACAGAACUGGAAACAAGUCGCGUCUCUCGGUGUGUUGCCAUGGACUGCUGAAGUAGUCACGCUGGCCGUCUGUAUGAACCUGCUGCUUGGAUAUCCUUGGAUUUGGGGAUUCCUUCUGGGCUCAAUCUACGCGUCAGUAUCAUGUCCCAUCUUAAUGCCUACGGUGGUCAAACUGACCGCGGGUAAGAACCUGGGUCAGAACUGGCCGCAACUGAUUUGUACGUCAGGCGGUACCGACACGGCGCUCAGUGUCACAGCAUUCGGGAUCAUACAUAGCUUCAUUAUGUACGAUGGUGAUGAUACCGUCUAUAGGUAUACUAGGGCGGCCUGUGCGCUGUUCUUGGGCACAGUUGCGGGCGUCAUCUGGGGUACGCUUGCCAAGUUUGUGCCGCACGCCCGAGACGCUUACGUCACCGAGCUGAGGGUGCUUUUCGUGCUCGUCGGCGGAUUGUGUGCUCUCUUCAUUACUUCGCACUUCGGCUGGGGUGGGGCAGGAGGUAUAGCAGUGUUAGCCUGCAACGCUACCGCAGCGCACCACUGGGCGAAAGCUGGCUGGAAGCUGAAUAACAACCCUGCGUCCACCGCAUACCGCAUCAUGUGGUCAUCGGUCGAGCCGAUCCUCUUCGCGUACACUGGGACCUUUUUCGUGAUACAUCCGUCGCUAUCGAGAGUGAUGCUCGUAGGGUUUGGUGUGCUGGUCGUCUGUUUGGCAGUAAGACUGAUCACCGCCUUCCUCGUGUGUGCAAGCCUGUCAGUAAGAGAAAGGUUGUUUGUGUGCUGCGCUUGGGUGCCCAAGUCUAUUGUAGAGGCGGUGCUGUGCCCAAUAGCAAUAACAGCGUUUAUUUCAACUGGUAGACAUGAUAAGGUACAAAUAGAGUACGCAGAAACGCUCAUGAGGAUAAUAGUGCAAGCCAUAUUGAUCACGACACCUAUUGGCUUCCUACUCACCAAACAUUUGGGCCCGAUAUUGUUGAGAGAGAAGCAUAAAAAGUGUCAAAACGAAUCCGAAAUUUAAUAGAAGAAAUGCAACAAAAGGAUCUCAUUAACGAAUAAUUAUUUAUUAUAAGUGCAUAAGUACCUCUUGCUUAUUAAAUAUAUCCAUACGGUCCUCGGCCUCUGACAAUCAUAAAAAACAAUGGGGACAAUUGUAAGAUUAUUCUAAGAAAACAUUAGAUUGAUAAUUUUACGCUGAGCCUAAUUAUGAAAAAAUAAAAGAAUCUUUCCUUAGUAAUUUCUAUUGUUCGAAUGUCAAGUGAAACCACGUAACAUAAGCAAUUAAUAUCAAUUAAUUAUUAUAACACUGACAGUAUAACUUGUUUUGUUGGUUUUAUAAAUAUGUCUUUUUAGAGACGAGGCUGACAAAAUGGAGAGAAUUGUGAAUCUUUUAAUAAGUUGAGAUUAUCACUGUAUAUAAUAUAGGUAAACGAAUAAAAAUGUAAGUAGACUAGAUGUAUAAG